AUGAACUCGGUGGCCUUGUCCGCUUGUAGCAGCUCGAAAUUUCUGGAUCGCAGUUUCGCGAGCACAUGCAGCGAUGCCGCCAUUGUUCAACAUCGGGAGCCAUCAGAACUUUCGAGACCCGCAAUUUCCGGCCAGCAAUCACUCGUUACCGUCCGAUCUGGAGCGAAUUCACGAUCGUCGCUCAACGGGAUCCCGUCUGGGUCUCAGAGGAAUGGCAGCAUAGAGAGAGACGUCAGAGUUUCUGCUGUUCGCGAGGAGGGUGAAACCGGAGGAGGUGAUGACGGAAGUUCUAAAGGCAAGAAUGUGACCACGACCAGCGAUCGGGAACCUGAAAGUCAACGGGAGUCCGGCGAAAACUCUAACAAGCCCAGCUGGUUACCCGAUUGGCUUGAUCUGACAUCAGACGAUGCCAAGACGGUUCUGAUCGCGUUUGGAAUAUCGCUGGUGUUUCGAUGGUUCAUCGCGGAACCACGGUUUAUACCGUCGCUGUCAAUGUUUCCGACGUUCGACAUUGGCGACAGAAUUAUUGCGGAAAAGGUCUCCUACUAUUUCCGAGAACCAGAGGUCGGCGAUAUUGUCAUUUUCAAGGCACCCGAGGUUCUUCAGGAACGAGGGUACAGUGCUGGCGAAGUAUUUAUCAAGCGAAUUAUUGCGACUGCUGGCGACGUUGUGGAGGUUAAGGCUGGGAAAACCUAUGUGAAUGGUGUUGAGAGGAGUGAUGAGUUCACUUUUGAGCCACCUGCAUACGAUAUGAAGCCUCAGUAUGUCCCACCAGGAUACGUUUUUGUCAUGGGAGACAAUCGCAACAACAGCUAUGACUCACACAUCUGGGGCCCUCUACCAGUGAAAAAUGUUUUGGGUCGAUCAAUCUACAGAUACUGGCCUCCCAACAGACUGGGUUCUACAGUUUUGGAAGAGUCAGCUGAGUUCAGCGCAGGGGAAUCUGCUCCUCAAUUGAAGUCCACAUGA